CAGAUAAAAAGAAAACUUCCAUGUUCGCAUUCAUUGUCGAGCAUGACUUGUCAACUUAUAUUUCUGGUUUUCUGUGUUCUAGCGGCACUGCAUGACGUCAUUUCCCGUCAAGGUUGUUGUGGCCCGCAGCAAUGGACCGGUGUUGCUAUUCAGAAGACUGGGAUAUAUAACCACGAUUUAGAUGUUGCAUCCAUUGCUGACCUUAUAACACGUGUUUCCUACAGUUACCACGUGAAAAAAAUCUCUAUUCAACGGAUGGUCCACAACAUCACUACGAAUAAGAAGGAUAAAAUUCAUAAGAUAUUUGAUUACAAUCAAGGCAUAGAAUAUACCAUAACAAAUGGAAAAUACUGUACUUCAAAUCCAACCAGCGGAGCAAUGUGGCAGAACUGUAUACCAGACAACUCUACGUAUUUCGGAUCUUACAACGUAUCCGGACCAAUGAUUGACGUCUACCGGGUCGUGACCCCUAGUGGCGCCACCAUACGAGUCGGUGUUACUCCUGAUAGCUGCCAUCCGGUAUUCGAAAGUUUAUUGAUAUCAGGUCCAGUAUACACUCUUGAGAUCAGUGUGUAUGAAAAUGUGACCAUGGGUAUCAGCUACCCCUCCGAUUUCGAUGUUCCUGAAUUUUGUCAUCACAACCAGAUAAAGAAGAAAUACGUCUCCUCAACCAUCACCGAGUUGAUUCAUAGCUCUUUCUCGUGGCGGUGAUGGAUCGGUUCUUUGGAUGGUAUAAAACGAUGCUUUGCAAUCAAUUUUAUUGUAUCUUUAGAGACAUUCAUAAUUUCUUGUAAAUUAGUUGUCAGAUAUAUCAUUAAUCGUUAUAUUCUUAUCUUCAUCCAUUAAAAUGAUAGACACUAAAAGAGAACACACACACAAAAAAACCCCAAAUAAAAAAUACCCAGUGUA